UAAAUUUCCACUGCCUUUCACUCAGAGCCUGCCCAUCUGCCCGCCUCCCGUGCACAGCAGGAAUGUGAAAAGCACCUGAACUGGAUCUCGCACGAGGAAGAAUGACUCCAGAAAGUCGCCAAUCCACCUGUUCCGGGACAGAAGUUUCCCUGGCAGGCCUGAGAAAAAUCAUUAUCCAUUCAUUUCACUAACCCCCCACCCCCCGUCUCGGACAACAAUGGAGGAGUGCUGUAUGUCUGGUGAGGAGUUGGAGAGACUCCGGAUACACAGAGAAAUAGAGAGACAAUUACGUCGUGAUAAAAGAGAUUCUCACCGGGAAUUAAAGUUGCUGCUUUUAGGGACUGGUGAAAGUGGGAAGAGCACUUUCAUCAAACAGAUGAGGAUCAUCCAUGGCAGUGGAUACAAUGACACUGACAAGAAAGGCUUCAUUCGGCUGGUGUUUCAGAACAUCGUCAUGGCCAUCCAGGCGCUGAUCCAGGCCAUGCAGACUCUACAGAUUGACUACAUCGAUGACCAGAACAUUAGCCAAGCAGAGAAGCUGAGCAAAGUGGAGGCAGACCAGGUGUCCACUCUGGAGGCUUGGCAGGUGGAGGCCAUUAAAAGAGUGUGGAAUGACCAUGGCAUUCAAAGAUGCUACGACCGCAGGAGGGAAUUCCAGCUAUCUGACUCUGCCAAAUAUUACCUGAGCGACUUGGACAGAAUCACCAGCCCCUUUUACAUACCGACCCUGCAGGACAUCUUGAGGGUCAGGGUCCCCACCACAGGCAUCAUAGAGUAUCCCUUCGACCUCUCAAAAGUUAUCUUCAGGAUGGUAGAUGUGGGUGGCCAGCGUUCAGAGAGGAAGAAAUGGAUCCACUGUUUCGAGAACGUCACCUCCAUCAUCUUCCUGGCAGCCCUCAGCGAGUAUGAUCAAGUCCUUUAUGAGACUAAGAGUGAUAAUCGACUGAGAGAGAGCCUCGCCUUGUUCAAGACCAUCCUCUCAUACCCUUGGUUCCAGGAGUCCUCCACCAUCCUCUUCCUGAACAAAACUGACCUGCUACAUGAGAAAAUCGCACACUCUCAUCUGGCAUCCUACUUCCCAGCCUACACUGGGCCUCAGGGUGAUGCCGAAUCUGCGAAAAAGUUCAUCUUGCAAAUGUACAAGGAGCACCACAUGGGGCAUCAGAAACCCCUUUACACACACUACACCUGCGCCACAGACACAGAGAACAUACGUGUCGUCUUCAAAGCCGUCAAAGACACACUCUUCAGAGAUAAUCUCGAAAAGUUCAACCUCGAAUAAGGGAGCUUGUGGGACAAAAGCAAUGGUUUCACCUUUAGGGACAAGAGAGCUGGUUACAGUCAACAUGUUGUAACACUUUUAUGGACAUUUUAUCUGUUAUGUGCUGUCGGCUCUCAGACAGCACUGUCAGGUAAAGCACGUUUAUCUCAGUACUGUAAUACACAGACAGCAUGUGCUGUUUUUUUUUUUUUUAUUAUUUACAACAACACAGUUCAUCAUGCUGUAAAUGUUAAAAAAGUAUAUAUUCUAUUACUACAGAAGAGAAAUGGACAACUGCAAUAUCAAUUAAUGUUUGUGCUGCACUUUACUAACAAUACUGUUGGAGAACAGAUGUAUGGUAUCAAACUGGUUUGACAAAGUCUUAUCUAGAAAGAAUGCAACCCACCCUGCCUUACAACUCUGAGAGGAGGAAGUGGAGAAUGGCCUACAGGGAAGUACAGUGUCUUAGUAUAUAUUUCUGCCUAUGAAUUUUUUUUUUCGUCACUAACCUUCACUUAAUAUAGAUAUUAAAACCACACAUAUGUGUUUUUAAACAAA